CUACAUCUACGCACACAUCUCCGUGAUCUCUUCAGCCUCGCGACUGCCACCAAAUCGGUCUUGGCAGGUUGCUGCGCCAAAUCGGCCGGUCUUGGCAGGUUGCUGCGCCAAAUCGGCCGGUCUUGGCAGGUUGCGCUAGCUACCCAUAGGUUGGCUGGAGAGAUGAGGGCCGGGGGGUGCACGGUGCAGCAGUCGCUGACAGCGGAGGCCGCGGCGGUGGUGAAGCAGGCGGUGAGCCUUGCGCGGCGGCGCGGGAACGCGCAGGUCACGCCGCUGCACGUGGCGAGCGCGAUGCUGGCGGCCGCACCCGCGGGGCAGCUGCUGCGCGCGGCGUGCCUCCGCUCACACUCCCACCCGCUGCAGUGCAAGGCGCUGGAGCUGUGCUUCAACGUGGCGCUCAACCGCCUCCCCGCGUCGGCAUCGUCGCCGCUGCUCGGCGGCAACCACCACUGCUACCACCCGCCGUCCCUGUCCAACGCGCUCGUCGCGGCGUUCAAGCGCGCGCAGGCGCACCAGCGGCGCGGCGGCUCCGUCGAGAGCCAGCAUCAGCAGCCGGUGGUCGCCGCCGUCAAGAUCGAGCUGGACCAGCUCGUCGUCUCCAUCCUCGACGACCCCAGCGUCAGCCGCGUGAUGCGCGACGCCGGCUUCUCCAGCACCCAGGUCAAGGCCAACGUGGAGCAGGCCGUGUGCAGCAGCAGCACCAUGGCUACGGCCGCAGCCGCACCCAGCAAAAACCCUAACCCUAGCAGCUCGGCCACCACCACAAGCCCACCGCCUAAAGAAGCUAAAGCCAAGCCGCCGCUCGCGCUCCACCACCAAGCGCGCGACGAGGACGUCGCCGCCGUCCUGGACUGCCUGGCCUCGCGGAGCAAGAGGAGGGUCGUCGUCAUCGCGGAGAGCGCGGCCGCGGCCGAGGCCAUGGCGCACGCGGCCGUGGACAAGAUCAAGAGAGGCGAGGUGAAGCACGAGCACGACGCGCUGCGAGGCGCGCAGGUCGUCAGCCUCCGCGUGUCGUCGUUCCGUGAGAUGCCGAGGGAGGAGGCCGAGCGGCGGCUCGGCGAGCUGCGGUGCCUUGUCAAGCAGGGCAGGAGGCAGCGGGUCGUGCUCGUCGUGGAGGACCUCAAGUGGGCGGCGGAGUUCUGGGCCGGCCACGACGGCCAGAGCGGGAGGAGAGGCGGGUACUACUACUGCGCCGUCGAGCACGUCGUCAACGAGCUGCGCGCCCUGGCGAGCGGCGGCAGCCUGUGCUGGCUCCUCGGGUUCGGGACGUACCAGGCCUACACGAAGUGUCGGGUGGGGCAGCCGUCGCUGGAGAGCCUGUGGGGGCUCCAGACGCUCACCGUGCCCGCCGGCAGCCUCGCGCUCAGCCUCACCUGCGCCUUCGACGACAGUGCCCUAGGCACAGUCAAUCAGUCCCUGAAAGCGGGCUCUGACGCGGAUGGGAACGGGCCGGCGUCUUGCUGGCCGCUUUUGGGCGGCAGCCAGCUGAGCCUGAGCUCCAGAUGCUGCGGCGACGGCGAUUGCUCUGCCGCGAGGAUCGACACGAAAGCGGCGUUGCCUCGGCCCUCUGUCUCAUCGUCCAACCUCCCUUCCUGGCUUCAGCAUUGCCGUGAUCAUCAGGAGCCUACUACGAGCCAUCUUACGGAUCUUAGCAAGAGCAAGACAUGGAGCUCCAUCUGCAGCAGGCCGUCGCAGCGGAUGACGCUGCAUUUUUCCGCACCGGUGUCUCCGGCCUCCUCCAUCUCCUCCUACGAGCACGGCGGCGACCAGUCGUCGCAGACGCCGCCUCAGCACUCGUGGCUCCUUGCUGGUCUCGACGCCGCGCACCACCGGUGGGAACCCAAGCGCGAGACCAGCGGGAAUAAGGCCGCCAGCAGGUCCCACGACUCCGGCGCCUCGAACGGCGGCUCCGUGGAGGUGGAGUGCCGCGCCAGGUUCAAGGAGCUCAGCGCCGAGAACCUCAAGCUGCUCUGCGGCGCGCUGGAGAAGGAAGUGCCGUGGCAGAAGGAGAUCAUCCCGGAGGUCGCCAGCGCCGUCCUGCAGUGCCGGUCAGGGAUCGCCAAGAGGCGCGACAAGUCGAGGUCGGCGGACGCAAAGGAGGAGACGUGGAUGCUCUUCCUCGGAGGCGACGCCGACGGCAAGGAGAGGGUGGCGAGGGAGCUCGCCAGCCUCGUCUUCGGGUCACGCGACAGCUUCUUAGCCAUCAGGCCUGGUGCCUCGUCGUCGUCGCCGCCGCGGUCAGGUUCCUCCGAGGGUCACCGGAGUAACAAGCGGCCACGGAUGUCGCCGCCGCCGCCUGGGGAGGAGUCGGCGCCGGCCUGCCUGGAACGGUUGCACGACGCUGUAUCCGAGAACCCGCACCGGGUCAUAUUCAUGGAGGGCGUCGAGCAGGCUGGCCGGGACUGCCAGCUCGGCAUCAAGGAGGCGAUCGAGAGCGGGGUCGUGCGGAACCGAGCUGGCGUGGAGGUCGGCGUGGGCGAUGCCAUCGUCGUCCUGAGCUGCGAGGGCUUUGGCAGCACCGGCAGGUCCAGAGCUUGCUCGCCACCGAGCAAGAAGGUGAAGGUAGAGAUGGAGGAGGCUAAGGAGGAGCGCACAGGUGACAUUGAACACAACGGAGAUGGUGGUUCCUCGUCGUCUCCGUCGUGCAUCGAUUUGAACGUGGACAUGGAGAGUGACCAGGCGGACGAGGGAAGUCUCGAUGAUGAUGUCUGUCUGCUCACAGCCGUCGACAGGACCCUGUUCUUCAGAAGACAGGGGUGACUAACUGUGUACAUUGAGUCAUUGAAGGAACCGUAUGCGUGUCAAACGUGCUUCGUUUUGAUAAGAACCUAGAUUAGUUGUAAGCGCGCAAGUAGCAUUUUCUUUAGUUUAUGUUUUUUAUAUCUAGGUUUUAGAGAAUUGGAUCGCCGGUGUAUUUGGGGCUUCACUAAAGACAAAAUAGAGCUGUUGUACAUUUAGCUGGAGAUUCAAUCGCAGUUAUCCGUAACCGACCAAAUUUACUCUCUCUUUUCAGCUUGUACUUUG